UGGAGGCGUUUUAGUCAGUGGUCCUGUUUGAAGUCAUUCUCCACACGUGCUGUUUUCCCAGAUUUCUUCCUGGCUGAUAAAAGCGGAGAGUCUCCAGAAGUGUGGCAGGACUUUGACCCGGUGAGAAGACCCCUGUCCCUCUGAAUUCCUGUUCCGUGUUCAGGAGAGUUGUGCAGAAAUGAAUGUGUAGUUUUGGAAUUUGAAAGGAAAGGCUAACGCUAGACACACUAAGAGUCUGACAUUUGACCAUGAACCGGGCCUGGGCUGUGUUCAGGGCUCACCCGUACAUCAGCAACAUCCUGGGAUACACGGCUCUGUUUGCUUCAGCGGACCUCAUACAGCAGAGUGUUCUGGAAGGGAAACCUGCUGGGUCUGGAUCAGAGGACUCGACUGGCAUCGACUGGCAUCAGACCGCUCGGGUGGCGACUGUAGGUUUCUGUUUCCAUGCCAACUUCAACUAUCACUGGCUGAGAUGGCUGGAGAGAACACUGCCAGGAGGAAGCGUGACGGCGGUGACAUGGAAGGUUGUAGUGGAUCAGCUGAUUGCAGCUCCUCUUACCAUCAGCGUGUUUUAUAUUGGUUUAAGUUUGUUAGAAAAUAAAGAAGACCCACUUGAGGAGUGGCGACAUAAAUUCUGGACAUCUUACCAGGCUGGAGUGGUUUAUUACUCAACAAUGCAGGCUGUGAACUUUACGCUUGUCCCCCCUGUGGCCCGAACAACAUUCUUGGGAGGCGCUGCGCUGGCUUUCACGAUUUUUCUGUGUCACCUCAAGCAGAAGCACAACCACAAACCUGAAUGAGUCAGAGACUUUUCAAGUUUUAUAAAUUAUUAACAUGAACCCCUGCAGGGAGAAUCUGCAGAAUAUUGUUUUUAAUUUGCAGUAAAUCAGCUGAUCUACUUUGUCAAAGUUUGGUCAUCAAAAUAAAAGCCCAGUGAUGUCACACUUUUGUAGCUUCUUUUUUGUUUUUAAUGAGUGAAUUUCACAAGUCUCUGCAUGAGGGAGGAUCAUAUUGGCUGUCUUUUUUGUCAUCAGUAUUCAUGUUCAUUUGUUUUCUCUGAUAACAGCAAAGCUGUUAUUUUUAUAUUGUCACACUGUACCUGUCUCACUCUGGAAUAAUUUAUGUUUAAUAAAAGUAAAUUUAACUUGCUUUAAAAACGUGAGAGAAAUUUUGAACAUAUUGAAUAUGAAAUGUAUUUAGUUGAAUUCUGUUGAAAAAAUCAUUACUAUAGAAAGAAUUAUUAAUUUUUAGCUAUAAUUAUUUAUCUUGUGAAGCUCUUAUGUCCCUUGAAGCCCCAGCAGUUGUUUUGGUUUGCUACAUUGUCUGAAAAAUAAUAAAGAAAUUGCUCGGAAAAACUGAAA